AUGCCGCCCGCGCGUCGUCACUCCAAACCCGUCAGCUCUGGUCGCUAUCUCGUGCUACGCCAUCGCCGUCAUCGACUUAAUGCUCUCCGUGGGAUCCAAACGCAAGCCUCUCGCUUUUCACUCCAGGUUGGAGAACAGAAACUGUCCAGCUCGUAUGUUCCGGGGCUUCGAGCAGGCACAUACCAGGUGUCUGUUGAUCAAACCGUCAAGGCCAACACCACGACGCCGGAAAAGACGCUGCCAACGCAAACACAGGUAUUUAACGUUCUAGCUCCUCAAUUUGCCUUGGCAGCAGACUGUAUAUACUCGACUUUUCCGGCUGCUGGUGCCAGCGCCCCAGUAACUUGUCUCCCGCAUGUCGUGUUGAAUGACCCCCUUCUACCGUGGGAGAGGGUCGCUGAUGAACUGUCCCAGAGGAAGCCACCGGCCGAUGACAUUCCCAACCGAGUGCCAUGGCUUGCGUGUUUGACCUUCCAGGUGGAUGAACUGCGCCUGUCUGAGGACCAGUUGAACGGGGAGCACAGUCUGUUUGCGCGCAUGCCCAAGCCAGAGAAGCCACGCGUCCAAUCCGCAACCAUGGCUGUCGAUCUGGAUGUCGCCAAUCUGAGGCAGUUCGACCCCGACCAGACUGUGUUUCCUACUCACAGGAUCGAAGGCGUGACUGAAACAAGGGCUAGCGUGAUCCUCGUUCGACCGGACAUCUUCACGCCUCUCGUCACCACGUUUGAUCGCCAUGGCCAGCCGCAGCCGCAGACCAAGUGCGAUGUCUCACGGUAUCGGUUUCUGGCCCAUGUGCGGCACAUUCAUACGGAUGGAAUGGCCCAUGCAGGCGCAGAGGAGGAAAGCCACGAGCGCUCAUUUGGCAUUGUUGUCUCCCAUCGGACGGGUCCCCCCAGUGGCAACAAGCCCACGAUGCUGGUCUCGCACCUGGUCUCGAUUGAGAGCGUGUACAAGAUGGACUUCCCGCUUGAUCCGAACAAAGUGGUUGGGCUUCCCUCGCUCUUCAGCUGGACACAUAUGUGCCUUCCGCCGCAGAUGAUGGAUAUCCCCGGGUCUAUGAGCAAUCUGGCGGAGACCCGGACGAUGCUUCAACCAGCUUUGGUGUCACUUCCACCGAAGGAUGCGGUGGACGAGGAUCCGUCGUACAGGUUGGUCCAUCAGAGACUGCAAGAUGGGUAUUCGUUGGUCCGCUGGCGCACUCAAACCGGCGAUGAAACGAUUGCCCUAACUCGCGGUCCACUCGUACCAUCGAUGGUCGACAAUAAGCUCCACGGCCGACAAUCCAACUCAGGCCAGUCGUUGCAAAUCCUCGAUCGAAAGCUGGGCAUUAUGGAUAUAUCUUACUCAACCGCGUGGAAUCUCGGGAGGGCCCUAGCCAUGGCCGACGCGACCUUCACGGCGGCGCUGUGUCGCGUGCGCAAAGCCAUCCUACAAGAAGGAACGGAUCAGACAAGAAUCCAGGUGCUCAAAGCCACUGGGGUGCCGUUCAAAGACAAGCGCGAGCUCAUCCGGGGCCUGAAGAGUCUUACGGAGGGUCUGGCCCAUAUGUCUCUGGCCGAGGAUCUCCCCAGAGAGCACCGGUGGCAGCGUCCCCCGGAAAGAAUUCCCGUACACUCGCUAGAUAGCACGUUGGUAGACGCGGUGUAUCAGGAUGAGUUAAACCGCGCCGCGUACAAACUUGCGAGCGGUUAUAGAGAGAGUCAGGACGAGGUGGAGAAAGCAGACGAGGGCGUCUUCCCAGCCCCGUAUGACGAGCACAACAUCCCCUACUCCGCUGACUGGACCGUCGUCCUGCGGUUCGUGCUGGAUCUGCGGUUUCUCAUCCCAGUGCCGUUCCAUUAUCUGGUGCCCGACAUGUCGUAUCUGCCACAGGAAAGCCUGCGCUUCUUUCACAUCGAUGAGAACUGGGUCCAUGCCCUUGUGGACGGUGCCCUAAGUCUAGGAAACCACGUCGACAGGGAAAAGGACCGGGCCCGGGAGGCCAUCCACAACGCCCUGCUCCGGUAUCAUGUCCUGCCGCAUGCUGAACUUGACGAGGCGCCUCCGGUUCCCAUGUACGGGUUCCUCUUACGGUCAAAUCUAGUGACGCAGUUCCCCGAUCUCAGGGUCACGGUGAAAUCCACGAUGCCGUCAACCAGUGCAAUCUCGUCCGAUUGCCUGCUGGCCCGCCAUGAGGUUGUCGACCCCGGCAUUAUGCUAGGUCUACUCACCCAGGCGCCGGAUUCCAGUUAUAACCUGAUCUUCACGCAGCCCCCGCACCAGCAGUGCUUCACUCUAGCCAAGACGCUCACAGGCAGUACCAUCUCCAUCCCUUACAAGAAGAUGUACUCCGAAGAGGGCCAUGACUCUGAUGACGACCGUGGGCAUCCUCUAACAACGGAGACCUGGACCCGCGUGACGGAUCCUCCUCCGGCUGGAUCUCCUCUCGAUGACCGAGGCGUGGUGUACCUCUGGGGCAGCAAGCCAGAGCUUGAGGAUAUCCGUAUGCUCCACGUUGAGAAUCUCGCCCGCAACGUCUAUGACGCUCUCAAAUCCAAACUGCCUUAUACAGAGACCAAGCCCACCGCCGCCAUGAUGGGUAUUCAGCUUAACGAUCCCUGCUGGCAACUCGAAAUCACUCCUCCUCCUCCUCCUCCUUCUUCUUCUUCUUCUUCUUCUUCUUCUUCUUCUUCUUCUUCUUCUUCUUCUUCCUCCUCCUCAACCGCCCCAUCGAACGCUAAUACCACCAAAUGGAAGUCCCCGGAUCAAGGCACACCAGCGACCUAUAUCCGCUCCGGCGAGAGCAUCACCGACGCAGCUCACAUAGCACCGCAAAUCCCGCCUCACUUCGCGCGCGGUCUGUUCCCACUCACCUCAAUCACACUCCCUCUACCACUCCGUCAACAAGCCCAACCCCCAAUAACCGAGCAAUCCGACGCCCCCGUCUUCCACUGCGCCGUCUUCCCGGCCUCGGACCCAUCCUCACCGCAGCUCAAAAGCCACAGCUACGAGCAGGACCUCAUCUUCUCCAUCAUCUGCAGGGGCAACAGCUACCAAUGGGACCUGUUCGACGUCACGAUCAAGAUCCCCGUGGGCGACUUCACGCGGAAAUGUCUUGCGGAUGGAUACUCCGGUCCGGGCGCGACCAUGCUCUCGAACCUCCGCUUCAACGUGCUGGCGUCGUAUUCCGUCGACGACGCCACAAUGGUGCUUCAGAUUCAGCCCCGGAAACUCGGGGGGUCUGUCCCCGUGGCGAAGAUCGCGGAUUUGAGCUUCCUGCUUGCGCGUGUGCGCGUGAAGGCGUAUGAAAGGUCGCCCGUUGCGGUUCGUUGUGCGACGCAUUUUCGGCUGACUUCGGGGUAUGUUGAGCCUGAGUUGGGGAUUACGUUGGUUAGGGUAGGUAGGCCUUGA